AUGGAGUUAAAGAUGGAAGAACAGGAAGAGAGUGCAAGAGUUGGAAGUGAAAGCAGAAAAAGAGAGAGAUUAAUUGAUGUAUUGACACCAUAUAUUCUCUGCAUAAUUGCCAAUUUCUUCUUCGCUGGAUUGAUCAUAGUCGUCAAGGUCUCUCUAGACAGAGGCUUCAGUCCAUAUGUGCUAGUGCCCUAUGGACAAGCUUUUGGAGCUCUUACUACUGGUUUUCUUGCACUUCUCUAUGAAAGGGAUAAUCACAACAAAAUUAGCAUUCCAAUCUUGCGCAAUAUCUUUUUCCUGGGUUUACUAGGAGCAGUGUUAGCCACGACACUCUACUAUGCCGGACUCGAAUACACGUCAUCAACUUUUACAGCCGUUACAGGCAACUUACUUCCAUCGAUUACCUUUCUCCUAGCAAUCUUGUGCAGGAUGGAGAAAUUAGACAUUUCCCAACGUGGUGCGCAAGCAAAGAUAGUCGGAACAGUUGUUGCAUUUGCUGGUUCUACACUAAUGACCCUAUACAAGGGUAUCGUUGUGGUUUCACUACUACAUACCCAACAAUCGCUUCAAACCUCCACUUCAAAAGCAUCCUUGGACAAAAAUUGGCUAAAGGGAGCCUUCAUGCUCGUCAUUUCAAACGUUUCUUACUCAGCAUUCUACAUCUUACAGACUAAAACAAUUAAGGAGUACUCAUCACCUUUAGCUCUUACGGCAUUGACAUGCUUAUCAGGCACGUUACUCUCAACAAUCAUGGCAGCAAUUUUUGAUCAUAAACUUUCCUCUUGGAGGUUGUCAUGGAACAUUACCCUUCUUGCUCCCAUUUAUAGUGGAGUUGCAAUAUGUGGAAUUACAUAUUAUCUACAAACAUUGGUUUCACAAAGAAAAGGUCCAGUUUUCAUGACAGCAUUUAGACCAUUGUGUACUCUACUUACAGCUAUUAUGGGACUACUAAUUUUAAGAGAGGCAUUGCACUUGGGAAGUAUCUUAGGAGCUAUGUUGAUCAUUCUUGGUUUGUACAUGACUCUAUGGGGAAAAGAAAGUGAGAGAAAGAAGAAACACACUGAACGUGGAAGGUAUGGGCAAACUAUUGAGAUCAAAUUAGAAAAUUGUAAUGAACGUUGA